ACGGUGGGCGAUCUGGUGCUGGUCAACGGUCUCCUCUUCCAGCUCUCCGUACCGCUCAACUUCCUCGGCAGCGUGUACCGGGAAAUCAGGCAGUCGCUCAUCGACAUGUCCACCAUGUUCCGCCUGAUGGAAGUCAAGCCGAGCGUUCAGUCCCUUCCCGGAGCACCGCAGUUGAUUGUUGACAAGAGUACCGCCAGUCUGGAAUUUCGAGACGUCUGUUUCACCUACCUAAAGGAUGCCGGGUCGCGGAAGUUACUGGCCGACAAUCUCUCCUUUAAGGACAUUCGUGAAGUGGAUUUGGCCAGUCUCCGCAAGGCUAUUGCUGUCAUCCCUCAGGUAGGUGUUGCCUGCCUAGUCGCAUCAGUGGUUUUUGCUUUGAUCUUUAACAAACCCGCUGUUGCUGCCAAUAUGCCGUCACCAUAA